AUGGCUAAGAUCGACAAGGUACUUUUGACGUAUGCUGGCGCGGAUCUAUUAUUUGUCCUCGGGGGUGUGCUCCUCCUGGUAGCGUCACUUGUGCUCGAGAGGAGGACUCAGUCUGCGCCGACUUUGGAAACUGCACCAGACAUUCUGCUCUUCAAGAUGGUCCCAUUCAAAGCGGCGAUCGUCAAUGCUAUAUUUGUUUUUGUCACCUUCGUUAUCUCCAUUCCAGGCCUGCUCAUGUCCGAUAAUCGCUUCUGGCUCAAACUUCAGGGCUGGAUGAUCCUGGUGUGUGGCACGUUUACGCUCGUGUUGGGGGUGAUUGUCUGGUUCGAGACUCUGAGGACACGUGCCGAAUUGGGUACUGUAUGGGGCCAGCAAACGGCUGCUAUGCAGAGUUUGCUGCAGCAGAGGUUCCAAUGUUGCGGCUACUUCAACAGCACGUCACCUCCAUUUGUUGGAGACAGUGUCUGCACGACUCCCCUCGUUGCUGCAGAGACGCAAGGCCGUCGUACUCAAGGACCGCAAGGAGAAGGAGCGGUACCGCUUAAUCGAUGCCAAGGUUGGGGUCUCUGCCAUCUGAAAGGAAAAGAAAAGAGGCAAGGAAUAUUUCAGGUCAAGUCUUUCGAUCGCGUUAGCAGUGUCAGAUUGAGGCUGAGAAGGACGAUUGGGAUUGGAUGUGGUUCCUAUAUAGACAACAGGAAGCCCUCGGAUUUAGUUAUCUUUGUUUUCCGCCUAACUAAUAAUCUCAAAGUUCCUGAUGAGGAAUCUAUCCUGUCAAAUUGUACAGAUCACGCGUGA